AUGUCCUUUGUGACCGUGGCAGCGGCAACCCUGCCGAGUGUCCCUUUGGACUUUAAAGGGAACCGCGACAGGAUCCUCGAGUCCAUCCGAAUCGCCAAGGCCCAAGGCGCCACCCUCAGAACUGGCCCAGAGCUCGAGAUUCCCGGCUAUGGCUGCCUUGAUCAUCACCUGGAAGGAGACACUUUUCUCCAUAGCUGGGAAGUCCUCGCUGAGAUCAUCAGUGAUCCAGUUUGCAAGGACAUGCUGAUUGACUUGGGGCUGGGAUGUCGCCACCGCAACGUGCGCUACAAUUGUCGCGUUCUAUGCAGUUACAAGCACAUCUUCUUUAUCAGACCAAAGCAAAGCCUGGCGAACGACGGUCUUUACCGAGAAGCACGGCAUUUUUCAGCAUGGACGAAGCAUCGGGAGGCCGAGACCUACUACCUGGAGGAUGUUGCUGUCCAGGCCACCGGCCAAAAGACGGUUCUCAUUGGUGAUCUCAUCCUCAGCACUCUGGACACCGCCGUGAGCUGUGAGACCUGCGAAGAGAUGUUUUCGCCCCUAAACCCUUCCACGUACCUGGGUCUCAAUGGAGCCGAGAUCAUCCUCAACAGUAGUGCCAGCCACGCCGAACUACGGAAGCUGAAGACCCGUCUCGAUCUCAUCGCAAACUCGACACGCAAGCUGGGUGGAAUCUACGUCUACGCCAACGCAACUGGAGUCGACGGUGAGGCGCGCAUGUUGUUUGAUGGCUCCAGCAUGGUUCUUGCCAACGGAAAAGUUCUAGCCCAGUCUUCUCAGUUCUCCUUGAAGCCGGUCGAAGUCAUUACCGCAACCAUUUCCGUCGAGGAGGUCAGAAGCUUUCGCUCAAGCAUCUCACGAAAUGUUCAAGCUGCCGCCCAACCCGAGUUUCCCAGAGUUGACUGUGAUUUACGGCUCACACGGCCUGCUGACGAGGUAUACCUAUCUGAUCGCCUCCGCAUCGCCACUGAGAUCCAACUUAAGAUCCUUGACCCCAUGGAGGAGAUUGCCAUGGCACAGGCAGUAUUCUUAUGGCAAUACCUCUGCCGUACUAACUCACCAGGCUACUUUCUCGCCUUGAGUGGAGGCUUGGACUCUUCGACCGUUGCACUUUUUGUUCACAGCAUGUCAAAUCUUAUUCUGGUCUCUAUUGAAUCCGGGGAAAUGUCUACAUUGGAGGAUCUGCGACGUGUUACAGGGGAGAAGACUUUUAUGCCCGAGUCGGCGCAGGAGAUUACGUCUCGUCUUUUGCACACUUGCUACAUGGGCACCAUCAACUCUGGCGAUGACACGAGGUCGAGAGCCCUCCGCCUAGCAGAGAAGUUGGGCGCAUACCAUUCAGAUAUCUCAAUCGAUGAGGCUGUUUUGGCUCACGAGGCGAUCAUUGAGAAGACUCUUAACUUCAAGCCCAGGUACCAGAUUGAGGGCGGUAGCCCGGCCGAGAAUCUUGCUCGUCAAAACAUCCAGGCGAGGAAUCGCCUGGUCGUUCAAUACGAACUUGCCCAGCUUUCGACGACGGCACGAGGACUUUCUCGAGCAGGAGCGGCCCUUUUGGUUUUGGGAAGCGGCAACGUUGAUGAGAACCUUCGUGGUUAUUACACCAAAUAUGAUGCUUCAUCUGCAGAUAUUGCCCCCCUGGGAAGCAUCUCCAAAACAGACGCAAAGGAGUUUCAGGCCUGGGCGAGAGACAACUGGGACCUGCCCAUCAUGGAUGAGUUCAUCGAGGCAACUCCCUCCGCCGAACUACUUCCCCUCUCAGCGGGAGUCCAGGACGAUGAGGCAGAUACUGAGAUGGGUUUGACGUACAGCGAGCUUUCCGAGUUCGGCAUCCUGAGAAAGGUCCACAAGCUGGGACCCUGGUCAACGUACCUUCGGCUACUUGGCGACUGGAAGGAGAGACCGGGCUACGGUCCGAGUGAGAUUGCCGAGCGAGUUAAACGAUUCUUCCGCUUCUACUCAAUCAACCGCCACAAGGCCGUCAUCUUGACUCCCUCUCCGCAUCUUUCGGCCUACAACCCCGACGACAACCGGCACGACCUCCGACCGUUCUUGUACGUCGUCAACUGGCCGUGGCAGUUUGCCAAAAUCGACGCGCAUGUGGAGGAACUCGAGAAGAAGAUUUCAGACAUGUCUAGACCUGCGGAAUUCCAGAAUGUUGCGCUUGAUUAG